AUGAAUGCACCUGUAUUAGGGGCACAAACUUCUGGAAAGCCAUUGAUACUAUACAUUGCAUCGCAAGAGCGAUCACUUUGGGCACUUCUUGCUCAGGAGAAUGAUGCUAAGAAGGAACAAGCAUUGUACUAUCUAAGUCGGACCUUGAUAGGAGUUGAGUUGAAUUAUACGCCCAUAGAGAAGAUGUGCUUAGCAUUGCUUUAUGCAAUUAAAAAAUUGAGGCAUUAUUUUGAAGCGUACACUAUCAAGCUAAUUUCUCGAGCUGACCCCGUGAAGUUCAUAAUGACUCGACCAGUUCUCUCAGGACGUCUAGCAAGAUUGUCUAUAUUUUUUAAUCAAUAUGAGAUCAUAUACACACCUCAAAAAUCUGUGAAGGGGAAAGCACUUGCUAUUUUCCUUGCUGAUCACCCUCUUCCGGGAAAAUGGGAAACUUCAGAUGAGUUCCCGAACGAAGAUGCAUUUUUUACUAAAGAGUUGUCGGCAUGGACAAUGUUCUUUGAUGGAUCUGCACGUCGAGAUGGAGCAGGGGUAGGAGUGGUGUUGAUAUAUCCAGAACAACUAAUCUUACCAAUCUUAUUUGUUCUAGGUGAAACAUGUUCAAACAAUGAUGCAGAAUACCAAGCUUCGAUUGUGGGCCUUGAAAUGGCAUCAUAUAUGAAGAUUCCUGAAUUGGAUGUCUACGGUGACUCUCAAUUGAUCAUCAAUCAACUCUUAGAGAGUAACGAGGUAGAGAAGAAAGAUCUUUUAUCAUAUCACCAAUAUUCUACUUUCUUACUUGAAAGGUUUGAUCAAAUAUUCUCAAAUCACGUCCCUAGAGAACAAAAACGCAUGGCAGGUGCUUUGGCUAACUUGGCUACAACAAUGGCACUCGGAGAAAAUGAGACAACAAAGGUGUGUAUAUGUCAUCGAUGGGUUGUCUUGAUCUUCAAAUCGAUGAAAGCCAUCAUAUAUUCGUUCGAGUGGUUGAAGAAGAAGAUUGGAGAAAAACCACUGAUUGAGUAUCUUGAACUUGGAAGACUGCCUGAGGAUCCAUGA